CUCCCGCUCCGCGCACGGCGGGCGGGCCAUGUCCCCGGCUCCGGCCGCGCCGCGCACCCAGGUCCGGCCAUGAGGAGCGGCGCGGAGCGCAGGGGCAGCAGCGCGGCGGCGCCCCCGGGCUCGCCGCCCCCCAGCCGCGCGCGCCCCUCCGGACCCGACGCGACCCCGGCCCCGCCGCCGCCCGCCGCCGGCCAGCCCCGGGCCCGGGACGCGGGCGAUGCCCGCGCGCAGCCGCGCCCCCUGUUCCCGUGGAGCAAGUGGAAGAAGCGGAUGGGCUCGUCCAUGUCGGCGGCCGCGGCGCGGAGGCCGGUGUUUGACGACAAGGAGGACGUGAACUUCGACCACUUCCAGAUCCUUCGGGCCAUCGGAAAGGGCAGCUUCGGGAAGGUGUGCAUCGUGCAGAAGCGGGACACCGAGAAGAUGUACGCCAUGAAGUACGUCAACAAGCAGCGGUGCGUUGAGCGAGACGAGGUGCGCAACGUGUUCCGGGAGCUGGAGAUCCUGCAGGAGAUCGAGCACGUCUUCCUGGUGAACCUGUGGUUCUCCUUCCAGGAUGAGGAGGACAUGUUCAUGGUGGUGGACCUACUCCUGGGCGGGGACCUGCGCUACCACCUGCAACAGAACGUGCAGUUCUCGGAGGACACGGUGAGGCUGUACAUCUGCGAGAUGGCGCUGGCCCUCGACUACCUGCGCGGUCAGCACAUCAUCCACAGAGACGUCAAACCCGACAACAUCCUGCUGGACGAGCAAGGGCAUGCGCACCUGACCGACUUCAACAUCGCCACCAUCAUAAAGGAUGGGGAGCGGGCCACUGCGCUAGCCGGGACCAAGCCGUACAUGGCUCCGGAAAUCUUCCAGUCCUUCGUCAGCGGUGGGAGCGGCUACUCCUUCGAGGUGGACUGGUGGUCAGUGGGGGUGCUGGCCUACGAGCUGCUGCGUGGAUGGAGGCCCUACGACAUCCACUCCAGCAACGCCGCGGAGUCCCUGGUGCAGCUGUUCAGCACGGCGAGCGUGCAGUACGUCCCCAGCUGGUCCAAGGAGAUGGUGGGCCUGCUGCGCAAGCUCCUCACGGUGGACCCCAAGCACCGAGCAUCCAGCUUACAGGACAUGCAGGCGGCCCCGUCCCUGGCCGGCGUGCUGUGGCAAGACCUGAGCGAGAAGAAGGUGGCGCCAGGCUUCGUGCCCAACAAAGGCCGCCUUCACUGUGACCCCACCUUCGAGCUGGAGGAGAUGAUCCUGGAGUCCAGGCCCCUGCACAAGAAGAAGAAGCGGCUGGCCAAGAACCGGUCCCGGGACAGCAGCCGGGACAGCUCGCAGUCGGAGAAUGACUACCUUCAGGACUGCCUUGAUGCGAUCCAGCAAGACUUUGUGAUUUUUAACAGAGAAAAGCUGAAGAGGAGCCAGGACCCCGCGAGCGAGCCCCUGCCUGCCCCCGAGUCUGGGGAUGCUGUGGAGGACCGGGAGGGCGUGCGCCCUGUGCUGCCCAUGUGUGGCUCCCUCUGUCCCUCCCGCCUUAGUGAGACUUAA